AUGGGGGAGAAGGUGAGGCGUGUUAUCAUACUUUUUCUGGAUAUGUUUACUUUUAAUAAUGGGCGUCAUUCAAUAUCUAGGCCCUCUCCUUUCACUAACAUACGGGACGGCUUCUUUCAUGGCCUUUCAGGAGGCUCUUCCUCUUCUUUCAUCGGUCAAUGGACGUACGAUGUAUUCUUGAGUUUUAGAGGUACAGACACUCGCAACAAUUUUACCAGCCAUCUUUACAAUGCUUUGCAUAAGAAAGGUAUCAACACCUUCAUCGAUAACGAGCUUAGAAAGGGAGAUGAAAUUUCACCAAUGCUUCUCAAAGCUAUUGAAGAGUCAAGGAUUUCAAUCGUCAUACUCUCUACAAAUUUUGCAUCAUCUACAUGGUGUUUAGAUGAACUGAAGAAGAUCCUUAAAUGCAAAGAAGAAAAGGAGCAAAUGGUUCUACCAGUGUUUUACGAUGUGGAUCCAUCAGAGGUACGGCAUCAAAAAAAUAAUUACGAAAAAGCCUUGACUGCACUGGAAGAAAGGUUUAAGGAUGACUCGAAGGUGAAAGGAUGGAAGGCAGCUCUAAAAGAAGUGGCCAAUUUGAGUGGGUGGCCUGUUGGGAAAGGGUAUUUCUAA